AAGCAGCCAGCAGCGGCGCGGUAGCAGCAGCAAGUGCGGUGCAGUCGACCUGAGAGGAGCGGGGCUGUGUGUGAGGAAACACCGCACAGAUGAAGGGACCAUCGCGGAUAACUCUAACAAAUCCCUCCGUUUGAUUAGUGUUAGAAUAUCACUCCUUCCUUUUUGUUUGCUUCCUUCUUACGGGUAUCUCUCCGUAUCGCUGCGGGUCUGUCACACGGAGGGCUCGCCUGUUUUUUCCUCCGGGAGGCUGAAUGGAAGCAGCAGCCGAGGGAGCGGUCGGGCUGUCGGAGGCCAGGGACGGCAGCCCGCUAUCCGUGGCCGCAGCAUCCGAUGAUGGGGACACGGUCGUUGGAGUUAGCUACGGGAUGGACGCCGCAGAUAUGGAUGCUGCUGCUAAGAAAGCCUUCAUCACAGAGAUGCCAUCAUCCUCAGGCCAGCCCGGUCAGGGAAAGAAGAUCGGCCACAGAGGGGUGGAUGCGUCAGGAGAAACUACUUACAAGAAGACCACAUCUUCAGCCUUGAAAGGUGCCAUCCAGCUGGGCAUCGGUUACACGGUGGGCAACCUGAGCUCCAAGCCCGAGAGAGAUGUGUUGAUGCAGGACUUCUACGUGGUGGAGAGCAUCUUUUUCCCCAGUGAAGGCAGCAACCUCACUCCAGCCCACCAUUUCCCAGACUUCCGAUUUAAAACAUACGCUCCCGUGGCCUUCCGCUACUUCAGAGAACUGUUUGGCAUCAGGCCGGAUGACUACCUGUACUCCCUAUGUAACGAGCCUCUGAUUGAGCUGUCCAAUCCUGGAGCGAGUGGCUCGGUCUUCUACCUGACAAAGGACGACGAGUUCAUCAUCAAGACCGUGAUGCACAAGGAGGCUGAGUUCUUACAGAAACUGCUGCCCGGAUACUACAUGAACUUGAAUCAGAACCCUCGCACUUUGCUGCCCAAGUUCUUCGGCCUCUACUGCGUGCAGUCGGGCGGGAAGAACAUCCGCGUGGUGGUGAUGAACAACGUCCUUCCCCGCGUGGUUCGCAUGCACCUCAAAUACGACCUGAAGGGCUCCACCUACAAGAGGCGAGCGUCCAAGAAGGAAAGAGAGAAGGCCAGGCCCACGUUCAAAGACCUGGACUUCAUGCAAGACCUGCAGGAUGGACUGAUGCUGGACCAGGACACUUACAACGCGCUGGUCAAGACCCUGCAGAGAGACUGCCUGGUGCUGGAGAGCUUUAAGAUCAUGGACUACAGUCUGCUGCUCGGGGUUCACAACAUGGACCAGGCGGAGAGGGAGAGGCAGAUGGAGGGCUCCCAGGGUGGCAGCGAUGAGAAGAGGCCCGUGGCCCAGCAGAAGGCCUUGUACUCCACAGCCAUGGAGUCCAUCCAGGGAGGAGCCGCCUGCGGGGGGUCCAUCGACACCGACGACACGAUGGGCGGCAUCCCGGCUGUGAAUGGAAAAGGAGAGAGACUUCUCCUCUACAUCGGAAUCAUCGACAUCCUUCAGUCCUACAGGCUAAUCAAGAAACUGGAGCACACGUGGAAGGCUUUGGUUCAUGACGGGGACACCGUGUCAGUCCACCGGCCUGGCUUCUACGCCGACAGGUUCUUCAAGUUCAUGAGCAGCAUGGUCUUCAAGAAGAGCUCCUCUCUGAAAUCAUCUCCAUCCAAGAAGGGUCGCGUGUCGUUGACGGUGCCUAAGUGCGUUGGUCCUGGCGCCGCCUGGUCAGCCAGCCAGCUUCCCUCUGAGAGAGACGAGAAUAUCUACGACCUGCGAGGAGCUCGCAGCUUCCCGACACUGGAGGAUGAGGGGCGAGCAGAUCUUCCAUGUACUCCUCCAUCGUUUGAGGAGGCCACCACAGCAUCAAUUGCCACCACUCUCUCUUCCACAACCUCCCUGUCUAUCCCAGAGAGGUCCCCCUCUGACACAGCCGAGCACCCCCGCUACAGGAGGCACACCCAGUCACUCAGCCAUGACGGGAGGACUCAGGAGGAGCUGCGUGUGCGCGAGGAGGAUCAACAGACCAUCACAGUGGAGGUGGAGUUGAAGAGACACGACAGUGAGCCCACCAUCUCCGUUCCACAGCCUUCACCCGAAACCAGUGAUCUUAAGGAGGUAGCGGGAGCGGCGGCCCCCGAUGCCGCUGCGGCAGCACCUUCCGGCUCUUCUUCGUCAGCGCCAGAAGCCGCAGCCUCCUCCUCCUCCUCCUGCUCGUCUGCCCCAGCUGCUCCUUCUUCCCCCGGGGCAGCCAAGGAAGCCCCGUCCAGCCCCAAGGUGAUAGACGCAGACAGGGCCAGCCAGAUGUCCGGCUCAGGGUGCACCAGCCAGGCUUCAGUCGACGACGACGAUGACGUGCCAAUCACAGAUAUCUACUUUCCUCCAGAGGACAGGACCUGGGUGUACUCUCCGCUACACUAUGGCUCAGAGUCUAAGUCCCUGCCAGAUGGGGAUUGGGAAAAAGAGACAUAAAGCCUGUUCUCUGGCAGAGAGGAGUGAACGUCUCAGUGGAGAGGAAUCAUUGGUCUGAGGUCCAGACCUCAGCGGUAGCAGCAGCAGGAUCUCUGUCUGAAACAGGAUUUUAAACAUGCAUUCAGAAAAACUGAACACAACCGAGGGGGGAAAAAGUGACUCGAGUACCAGAGAAGGGGGGGAAAAAAAUCCUGACAGUGAUGACGUCACUGAUUUUUCAACCAUCCCUGCCUUUCACCCUUGAUAAAUGAUAAAUUAUAUCAGUUUAAUAAUAAUGUGUGACAUACGGUAGUGCGUAUACGGCUGUAGUCUUAUAUGUUCGACAUACAUGAAAGACCAUAGUGAGUCACGGUGCCUGUGAGAAGUAUUCUCCUUGGAUGUUUUCAUGUUUUUUAUUAUAACCUGAGAUAAUGUGGCUUUUUUUUUCUUUUGGACACUGAAUGACAGAAAAUAAAAUAAUGAACAUGAUAACUUCAAAGCAGGGCGAAUACUUUUCUGUAGGUAUUGUACAGUAUGAUAGCACAGCCCUCCAACAGACUCACUCCUGCAGAGGCAGCACACUGAAAUCUGGCCUUCUCCUCCUCCUCGGUACUGGCUGUAUUGUUGUACUCCUCCUCACCUGGCAUCCAGCUUUCUCUCAACAUCCGAUAGAGAAACGCAACAUUGCGACGUCAACCCUGGGAGCAGCACGUACGGCCACGUGUAGAUUUCAGCGUGCUGAGUGAGUCGUGAGGUCCGUGGUGUUGGAGGGCUCGUGAAACCAGAGUUAUUAUAGUAACCAUCAAAAAAGAACGUUUAGACGUCUCUGUCAUCCACCACUUUUACAGUAGUGAAUAUUAUGCAGUUUAGUUUAUAGAGGGAAGAAUUAAAACUCAUCAUUUCAUCUCUACGGUUUGUUUUAUUCAUAGCGUAAUAAUUAAUUAUUUAUAUCAAAUGUUAUUUUUUAUUUCUGAGCUUCUCUUCGGCUGUUUUACUACUGUGAAUUUUUAUUUAUUUCAUCUGUUUGUGUUUUAUUAUAAUCUUCAUUGUUGGUACUUUUCAUUCUAAUUGCUUCUUUUAUUAUUAUUAUUAUUAUUAUUAUUUGCAUCCAAAGAACUUUAACUUUAAUGUUUUCAUCAUUUCAUCACUGCAGCUUCUUUAUUUCCCGGUUUGUUUGUUUUUUACUUCACGUGUUCGUCGUGUAAUUUCAGUGUUACUACUUCUUUUUUUUUUUACUACACCUCUCGUGGAAAACGGCUGACUCUUGCCUUCACAACAGAGGGCAGCAAUUUGCAACACUAAAGGCAGCAGACAUUGUCGGUCAUUAUAGCAGUCAUCACGUCAUAACAAUGUCUUCCAGUGUUGCCCUAUUUUUGGACAGAUGCACACGGAUCAUUUGUAACAAUUUCUUUAUUUUUUCUUUGUUUAGGUGGGAAAAUAAUCGGCAUAUCGGUGACAGUUGCCCUAACCCUCCUCACAAUAAGAAAUCCAUCGACUUAACAUUUUUCAAAUGUUUGUUAGACGUAGAGCAUCAGUUGUAGUGCAGUCAAUAUCGUACCUGUUAUCUGUGUAUGUGAAUGAACACAGUACGUUGCAGUACGUCGGUGAGACACAGCAGUUUGUAAAUGGGUUGAAUGUUGCACUUGAAGAAGAACUAGUGAUAGAGGCCAAAUCAAACAUGACAUCACGUUAUCUUCGUUUUUUCCGCUCACACAGGCUGAUAUUAAGACAGCGUUCAUGUUAGGAUUAUCAAGUGUGUGUGUGUUGGUGAAGUCAAUCACAGUCAUUGUAGUGUUUACUGUAGUCUCUCUCUGUGGUUGACAUCUUAGGACUCUAAAAUAAGACUUAAGUUCAACAUACAAACUGAAUUUUUCUUCUUUUCUUUUUUUUUAAAUCUAACUACAGAUCGGUUGGUACGUUUCUAUGUGUGUUUGUGUGUAAGGGAGGACACGUCGAUGUUUGUAAAAUAGAGAUGAGCUCAUUCUCAUGAUGUGCAGUGGCCAGUUGUAAUCAGUUUGCUGUUGUUCAUCAGAUGGAGACCAUAGCAGCAAUAUUUUGUACAGUCUAGCUUUUAAGUUCAUUUUUAUUGCCUUAUUGGAGAAAUUUUACAUGUAGGCCUAUCAUUUAUAUAUAUAUAUUAUUUUUUUUCACUUGUGCUGUUGUAUUUAUUUUUCUUUCUCAUAGUUGUGCUCCUGAGAAUGUGUACAUAAAAUUAUAAAUACAUAUAUAAAGAUAUACAAAUAUAUUUUCCAUUUGAAUCGGAGAAUAUUAUUUUUAUUUGGUUUUAUUUUUGCUGCUGGGCAAAAGAAAUGAUUGCAAUCUACAUAAUUUACUGUACCAUAUUCUUCAGUGUGUUUAUUGAGAUGCAGCUGCUGUAUAUUUAUGGUCUAUAAGCCACAGCUGUUUCUUUGUAAGAUAUCCAAAAAUGGAAAGAUUUGUGGUAUUUUACUGUACAUGCAAAUCAAUAGGGAUUCUUCCAACUGUUCCAGCUGUGUUGUGUAUGUGUUUUCAGAUCGCUGUGUGUGCCCUCAUCCAAUAGGGAGAGUCCUUUACAGAAGAGACAUAGCAUGAUUUCAAAAAUGAAUAUGCAUAUCAGAAAUGUGUAUUUAUGUAUAUCUGUGUAAAUUCAUCUAUUUAUACGUGAGGAUAAAUAGAUGGCUGUAUGUGUGUGUGUUUGGACUCAAUCAGAAUGAAUACAAAAUAAAGCAGUUCUAUGAA